AUGGGCCGUCAAUCUCAUCCGCCGGUUGCCCUCCAUAAGCUUCUCCGGGUCAUAAGGUGCUUACACCCCUGGGCGCGAGAAGCCGGGGAUAUGGGGCUCACCAGACACUCUUCUCCCCCAGGAGUAAAGGAAGCCUAUAUCCUAGAUAAGAUUGGGUUUCCAACUGAAGCUACAUCCGAUAUACAAACUCGCACUAUUGCCUCCCCAAUCGAAACGGACGGAAUAUUUCUUCUAUCACACACUAGAUAUACAACCCUAAGAGCUGAUGACGGUCUCGAUGAGAUCAGCACCUACCCUACAGCCGUCUUUGUAUUGAAGGGCGCUAUCAAACUUCACAACGCGGGUAGUUGUAAAAUCAUUAGCGAGGGGGAUUUUAUUUAUGUUCCAGAAGGGAGGAUCUGGGGCUACUCAGCGGAUGAGCCUGGAACAGAAUUCUUGGUGUUCUCGACUUCCCUAGAAGAUGGCGACUCCACACUCUCUGUAAAGGAGACCACGAUUCAAACUGAAGACAGACUAACGGCGGGUACCGUACUGCCACAGCUAGUAGAACAAAACGUCGGGUUAUGCUCAGUUUUUGGGGGGUUUCUAACUCGACCUCUACUAAGGCAAUCCAACGGCUUAUACCAGAUGUCGGUCUCGAUAAUGGAAUCGACGACAAGAUAUCCAGAGCGGCCGUUUGUUGACCGAUGGAUUUUCUUUACGAAUGUGUACCACUGUUUCUACGUAUUGGAAGGGCAGUUCAAGUUUAAGAUCAAGGGCGACUCGGAAUGGACAUACACCGACGCAGGCGAUUCAUUUUUCGUCCCAUCGAGAACCUUUUUCAUAGGCGACGUGGCUAGUGAAAUCGCUAGACUGAUCCUCUUCGCAAAUGGAGGGGGAGUUGACGAGAUGGUUGUUAAAGGAGGGUAUUCACAUGAAGGGCCCUUGCCCGAGACCAUUGGAAAAUGGGACGGCUGGGACGAAGCGAGAGUGAAGUCUGCGUGUGCACAACUUGGGGCUCAGAUCGAAUGA